GAGAGGACAUGCAGCAGUCUCAAUGAAGGACCGACAUGGGUAGCAACACAACGCUCUGGCAGGGCAGUGCCCAGAGCAGCCAAGUGCUGCACAUGUUCCACGGCUCCAUGGGGAAACUGCAGCGGCAGCUGUGCAAGGGCGCAUUUACCAUGUUCAAGCGCAUUCCUAUGUUUGAGAAUGACUUCAUACAGAUCAGCAAAAGAGGAGAAGUGAUUGAUGUGCACAACAGUAUGCAAGUGGUUACUGUGGGCAUUGCAUAUACCAGCCCCAGCCUCACAAUACCUGACGUCAUGCUGCUGGCACGACCAGCUGUCAGCUGUGCAGUCUUUGCCAGACAUGAUCAACACACCCAAGGAAGGGGUCUCAAGUCAGUGAAGACCUUGGAACUGACCAGGCUUCUUCCUUUGAAGUUUGUAAAAUUGUCUGUUUACAGUCAUGAGAAAAAACAGCUCCACUUGAAGCUUGCCACUGGCUGCUCUUUUUACCUACAAUUAUGCUCCCCUUCAGAUGCAAAAGAAGAUGUGUUUGCACACUGGGAAAACCUGGUGUUGUUCCUGAGACCACCAGAGGAUGCUUAUAGUGGUACCCGAGUUGUAUCCGCUUGGGACUCGAUGGACAUACCUGUGUUGGAGGCAGAGGACAGGAAGAGCCCAGGAGUAAGUUUUUGCAGAGAGUCUCAGAGAGGGGCCCGAGUGCUUCGAGAGAGCAGCUGGAGGCUCCCAGACUGCUCUCUUAGGCUGCCUGGGGAAACUGCAUGUGGAAGGACUCAGGCCAGUAGAACCACUAUGUGGAGACCUUGCUACAUUUGGGAGGUCCCGAGUGCAUCUGAAUAUCCAACAUACCUUAGACCCUGUACCUGA